AAACGAGGGGAGGGAAGAGACAGGAGUGGAGAGUGCUUGCUACUAACUGCAGGCCCUCAGUAAUCAUGGCUUUCCUAAAGCUUGGAAGACUUUGUUUGCUCUCGCUAAUGUUCAUGGCUAUGUAAGUGCUUUAUCAGGGUGAUGGUGAUGGAGCAUGUGUCAGGAACACUGGGCGGAAGGCAGGAAUAUACACGCUGAAUAGGAGAUGGUUCCAAAAAUCAAGCAACAAAAACUGCAACAGGGUUCAAGAGAAAGAAGCGAGAGUGGAUUCUCCCACCAAUGAAACUCAGAGAGAAUGUAGACUACACAAAGCAAGAAUUCGUUUCAAAGAUAAGGUCUGAUAAAGAAACUGAAGGCAAACCAUUUGAGUACCAACUGCGAGGGCCCGGUGCUGACCAGGAGCCAUUUAACCUAUUUGUUGUCAACCCCCAAAACGGCUUCGUCAGAAUCACAGGGAUUCUGGACAGAGAGAAUGUAGCACAGUACAAUCUGACUGGGAUUGCUAAGUACAAAGAUGGCAGACUGGCUGAGGAAGAAAUUCAGCUGAGAAUACAGGUUGAAGAUGAGAAUGACAAUCCCCCAAAGUUUAAGCUAUUCAAAGGGUUUGUAACAGAAUGCAGCAAAAUAGGAACCCCUGUCAUGCAGAUAACUGCUGAGGAUGCAGAUGAACAGGGGACACCCAAUGCAAAGAUUGCAUACAGUAUAUUGAGGCAAAUUCCAGAAGAAUCUGGCCCUAUGUUCACCAUUGACAGAGAUACUGGAGAGAUCUAUGUUAAAGAACGCACCAUGGAUAGGGAGGUAUAUGAUUCAUACACUUUAAUAGUGCAAGGUGUAGAUAUGGAUGGAGCACUGAACGGUAACACAGGAACUGGAACGGUGGAGAUUAAGGUUUUGGACAUAAAUGACAAUGUUCCUACUCUUGAAAAAGAUGAGUAUACUGGUGCUAUUGAUGAAGGUGCAGUUAAUGUGGUUGUGAUGAGAAUCAAAGCUCUGGAUAAAGAUUUGAAGAAUACUGAUAACUGGCUGGCCGUCUUUGACAUUGUGAAGGGUAACGAAGACGAACUCUUCACUAUAGAAACAGACCCCAAAACAAAUGAGGGCAUUUUAAAGCUUGUCAAGCCUGUGGAUUAUGAAAAGGUCAAAAUGCUGGAUCUUGACUUGGCCAUUUCAAACGUAGCUCCUUUUAUAAAUGGAACUGCACUGUCCUUGGGUCUCAGUUUUGAUUUCGACAGGCCUGAAGGACCUGUAAUCAUUGCUGGGCCUGGAGCUGGGGCAGGAGCUGGGGCAGGGGCAGGAGCUGGGGCAGGGGCAGGAGCUGGGGCAGGGGCAGGAGCUGGGGCAGGAGCUGGGGCAGGAGCUGGGGCAGGAGCUGGGGCAGGAGCUGGGGCAGGAGCUGGGGCAGGAGCUGGGGCAGGGACAGCUGUAGGGGUUGGAUUGGAUGUGAAUACAGACAUAGAUGUUGGAGUAGAUGCAGGUGUAGAUGCUGGGGCAAAUGCAGGUGCUGGUGUAGGAGUUGCACCUGGUGUCAAACCUGACACCAAGCCUGGAGCUAAACCUAAUGACAAUACUGGCUCCAAACCUGGAAUUAAACAUGGUUCUAAACCAGGCAAAAAGCCAACACCAGGAGGAAAGAACUAUCCAGUAAAAAUCAGCAUAAACAAUUUGCCUGAAGGCCCAGGCUUUUCACCAUCAGUGAAGGAGUUGCCUGUGUCAGAGAACCCAGAGGAAAUGCAUGUUCCCAUGGUCAUUGGUUCCUUUCCUGCCUUGGAUCUUGAUACUGGAGAAAUUGCUGAAAAUGUCAGGUAUGCAAAAGGAUAUGAUCCAGAGAACUGGCUAUCCAUUGAUGAGGAGACAUCAGAAAUUAAAUUGAUGAAGAUACCAGAUCGAGAGUCAAAGUCCCUCGUUAAUGGAUCCUACAUCGCAAAAAUCCUCUGUAUGACACGAGAUGUGCCACCCAAGACAGCUACUGGAACAAUAGCCCUAAAGGUGCAGGAUUCAAAUGACCAUUGUCCUACACUGACCAGCACCUUCCAGAGUAUCUGUUCUGAUAGUAAUGUGGUAAACGUGACUGCAUUCGAUGAGGAUGACUAUCCCAAUGGAAAGCCUUAUAAAUUUGUUCUGAUAGAGGAGGAGACUCAUGGAAAAUGGGAGAUGGUUCCUGUAAAUGAAACAAGUGUCAGCUUCCAUGCUAAGGAUUUUCUGUGGCUAGGAUUUUAUGAGCUCAGUUUGGAGAUUUUUGACAGGCAGGGUUUGGGAUGUAAAGACAAACAAAAAUUUCAAUUAGAAGUGUGCACCUGUCAAGAAGGUGGCACAUGUGACCUCAAACUAGCCCAUCAGCAUGGUUCUUCAGCCAAAUUGGGGUUUCCUGCCAUUGGAGUGCUUAUUGUGGCACUAAUUCUGCUCAUCUUGAUUCCACUGUUGCUGUUAUUCUGUCAGUGUGGGACAUUUGGGGAAUUCUCACAGCUGCCUUUCGAUACAAAAGAAUAUCUUAUCGAAUACCACACUGAAGGCCAGGGGGAAGACAAGUUGGUGCCUCUGAUGUUUGCUCCCGUUGUGGCAGACCAACAAACUGUGGCAGCGUUUGGUAACACUUUCAACAAGGCCUCCAUGGUGCAAAGCGCACAGGGCUUUGAUACCAGGGUGCUCAAUAACAAGCUACAAAGGGGGGUUAUGGAGGUUGACAGCAUGUCUGAAUAUCAACACAACACACUACAAGCUCAGCACGCUCUAGAAUCUACCCAUAGAAACACUCUCCAUUCUGCAUCAUUUCGCCAGAAGGUGCAUAAUAUUUAUGAAGAGAUUGCACUGCCAGAUUGCUAUCUCCAUGACUAUUUCUCUCAGAAAGCAAGAUUUCUGGCUGACAGGCCUGCUCUCAAUGACAGUCUGUUGAUGAAUAACGAUGAAGGCCAGUACUAUCCUCUUGACUCCGUAGACGGCUUCAGUAUCCUUGAGGCAGAUAAUGACCUGGGUUUCCUCGAUGACUUGGACACAAAAUUUGUGAAUUUAGCAACAAUUUGCAGUCCUCCACCACCCAAAUUAGAAGAAGUUGAACAUAUUGUCAAGUCAGUGGAAACCAGCAUCAAAAGUGAGAGUUCUAUAGCCAGUGGUGCAGAUCUGGUUGUGAAAUCUGAUCAGCCACCACCACAGCAAAGCACAAUCACCAAUGUUACCGAGACUAUCAACAAAUCAAGCAGCAUAAGUACUAGUCCAACACUGCUGAUUCAACAGCAGCCUUUGUACUGCCUGGUGGAACAUCAGGCACCAAGUGCUGUGAUUUUUGCUGAAGAGCCUGUACAGGGAAUGUACUUAAUAAAUGGGCUUGCAGCAACUCAGGGGCUAGUUCUCCAGGGUGGUAAUGUACUACAGAACGCCGUAGAACAACAAGGAAUAUAUCUGAUUGAUGGGAUGCCUAUGUUACAAGGAAAUAUAAUGUUAGGCAACUGUCCAAAUCGUGUCAGUGCAGGUAACUUAGCUGUUUCCUCUGUGCUAGUUCAGAGAGAGGAAGGCAGGGAACAACUCCAGGUUUUUCUACCUCAAGAGGCACAACCAGGGCAAUCAAAGGACAAAACUGAUGUAGAGUCGGGCAAUGUAAAGAAUAUUAAGCCAGCAAAGACUCAGGUCAAAUCAAAGAAGAGAACGUAUGUACGCUGACUUGCCACUUUAUUAGAUACACGCUUUAUCUUCACAUCAACUGGACAUAUUCCCUUAAUUUAUAUAUCAGGCAGUCAGACCAGAUUUUUUUAUUAUUAUUAUUAUUAUUAUUAUUAUUAUUUAGAUGAUCAUUUAGAAUUCAAUAAAGCAUUUAAAUGGUCAGGACAAGUUACCUUCGCUGUCAUUCUGGAAUUUUCUUGCACAAAUAUUUAUCAAGAAACAACCAGUUGCAUAACAGUUUGUGGUUCAGAUGGGUGGCCAGAAUUGUGAAAACCAGAUAAGCAUUAACCAGGCAAAACACACCCAAUUUGAACAAUAGUAUGUAUUAAGAGCAUGUCGGGUGCUGACGUCAGCAAAUAACAAAAGUUCUGGAGGAGAAUUGGAUGACUGAGUGCAGUGGAAAAAAGUUGUCUGGUUGUUAUUCCUUUUGUUAUGAUGAUGAUGGAAGGAUCAAUAUCCUUCCCAUAGAGAAUCCAUGGAGCCGUUCUCUGUGGUAGUGUAGUAGACUGCAUCUCUUUAUGGCUAAAGUUUAUCCACACUACAAUGGAUACUUUCUUGACACUUACAACACGUGUAUAGUCACAAAAGUAUUCCCUAAACAAGACAUUUUGUUUUUAUUUCUGCAGUGGCUUGAACAAAUGCUCAACCCUUCUCAACUUCAUUGCACGUCUUUGGGAUGAGGUAGAAAAUAUUGUUUGCAGCAACACUCGUUUAAGUAUGUUACAACAUUACAGUUCACUUCAAUUCAAAUCAACUUUAUUGUCAUUAUAUAGUACCAAUACAAGGGGUGUACAGUAUAAUGAAACACUAUCAGGCUAUAAUUGUCUAUCAUUUGUAUGUGCAGGUCAAGUGUUUGGAUUAAUGUGGUCUCGCACAACCCAGUGGCUACAGCCAUUUUUCCUCCGGCUUCACAGCCUUUUUAAAUAGCAUGUAGAACUUCCUCGUGACCUUGUUGGUAUUACUCAUCCAGGUGCUUAAAGCACCGGCUCUGGCGGUCAGUAGAAAUGAAAUAGAAUGAUGGUUACAUAUGUAACCGCGGUUCUAUGAAUUUCAGGUGACCGCCAGAGCUUGGAGCUAGAAGAUUGCCAAGAGGUCACUUCGGGGUGAACCUGCCUUUAGUACCGGGGCAAAGGGCAUACAUGACCCAGGACACAGGUGACUGCUAAUACAAACAUUCGACCUGUACUUACAUGUGAUGGACAUCCAGGUGCUUAAAGCACUGCCUCUGGCGGUCAGUAGAAAUGAAAUUAUAAAUGGGGGACGGGGGCAACAGAUUUUCAAUGUGGUCUCUUGGACUGUUGUACCCUACUGUGUAUGUGACCUAAGAUGUACUUGUCACUGAUAAUAUGUUGUGUCAUUAUUCAAAUUAUUGCAAAUGUGAAUUUACCAUUAAUUAAAUUCUUAAAGUUUUAAAAAUCAUUUAAAAAUCCUUUAUGUCUCCAUAUUCUGUGCUUCCAUGAAAGCUUUUUUGAGAUGCUAUACAGAUAGUGUAUAAGUAUUUUUGUUGGAUGUUUUGGAGUUGAAUUGUUGUAUUUGUCAUAAAACAAUAUAAUAUACCAAAGUUAAUAAAAGAAAAUAAAACACACAUAAUGCAUACCUGUACAAUUAUGUUAAUUUUCUUUGCAAUAAACUCUGUUUGGUACCAAUAAAUCACCUGGACUGCUUUAGGUCAGUAGUAAAAGCAGUGCAAAUAGCCACUAACAAAAACACAUGUUCGG